GUCGCUGUGUUUACGAUUAGUACCCAUAGUAACCGCCGGCCCCUCCGAAGGGCCGGGCGGCCUACGUACAAUGAAACCUAUAUCGACCGACGAGGGUCGGGGUACCCCGCAUGUACGAUACCAAGAUGCGGAGUUUUUGGAAGCAGUUUUAGGCAAUCUCUUUAUAUUUUAGCAUACCGCGCCAACACGUACAACGGUGGCGCUUUAGCGAUAUGUUGGCCGUUUGAUACUGUACAGUGUUGGGGAUUUGCUCGCGGUCUGCGCGCGGUCAUCGGUGUUCGAAGACAGCCGGGCACGCGUCAUUGAAGCGGACACCAUUUUCCGUCAUUCUGUUUUUUCGUCUGCACGGUGCGUGUCGUCUGCAUCGCAUAACGGCAUCGUCUGUUCACCGGCGUUGCCGCAGCGGACGACGUCGAGUUGACAUCUGUUGAGCAGCGGUCGUCAUCGGUUUAAGAGACGCCGAGCCAUGCCUCGACCGGUGUCCGCCCAGACUCGGAACGAGAACGUCAUGAAGCUCACGGCUGCCCGGCAACUGCACAACACGUCGGACGCCGUGGAGAAGCUGCGACUCCUGUGCCUUCAGCGGGGCUCGGCCGGAAUCCUGGGUCUUGGAAAAGUGUUCCGCCGGAUGGACGACAACGGCAGCGGCGACUUGUCUCGCGACGAGUUCAUCAAAGGGUUGGACGACUCCGGCAUGGCGCCGUUUCUCGAGGCCGAGGACUACGAGAAGCUGUUCGAGAUGUUCGACGCUGACAACUCGGGAGCGAUCAAGUUCGACGAAUUCAUCCGCACUAUCAGACCCAAAAUGAGUCCCAGUCGAGAGGCGUUGGUGGCCAAGGCAUUCCAGAAGCUGGACCGUUCGGGCGACGGCCAGGUGACCUUCGAGGACUUGAAGAGCGUGUACAACGUGCGGAACCACCCCGAGUACUUGAACGGGCAGAAGACGGAGCGAGAGCUGUUGAACAAGUUCCUGGCCACCUUUGAACAAGGGGGCGUCGUCGACGGCGUUGUGACCAAGGACGAGUUCUUCGACUACUACUCGGGCGUGAGUGCUUCCAUCGACGAAGACGCCUACUUUGACCUGAUGAUGAGAACCUGUUGGAAGCUAUAGCCCCGACGGGGCACACGGACCCCCGUGCAAACAUCCGUUCCUCCUCAUUUACCCACUUGUUUUUUUUUUCUUGCCACGUCGGUCACCGAAUGAUUGCCGCGAGAUGACUACAUUGUCUGGGCACAGAUAACGCUUCGAUGUGUCGCCAGGGCCAAAUGAUUAAAGCGAUUAAAACGAACACUAAUUCUGCAAUAACGUCGCUGGCGUGGCGUUAAUUUUGACACUGUAUACUGAAGAGACUCAACAUUUACGGGUAUCGUGAGAACGGUUUCUUCAACGGUUAUGUUGUAACGUACUUCGUACGCAAGCGACGCAGCGCAGGGCAUACGUAGCUAUCCAGCCGCACUGUGUCAGUAGCAUUAGCGGCUGAGCACGAGAUCACGUGUUACACUCUCGACACCAGCAGCCGCAUUGUGAUGAAAGAGAUAUACCAAAAAAAAAAAAGCUUCUGUACUUAGAUUUAGGCGAACGCUAUAGAACCCCAGGGGGUGGGAAUUAAUAUUGAGUCCCCGGGUACGGCGUCUUUCUCAGCAUUUAAUUUAACAAAUCUAAAUAAAAAAAAAUUGUGGGAAGGACCGUGCUUGUGCAUUUUGGUCAAAUGGGUGCUUUGUCAUACAAAUGGUGCUAACUUUACACUGUCUCCAUACAACUUAGAGUCUCUUUAGUGCUGAGUGAGCAAAAUUGAGCCAAUGCACAUUCGUGUCUCAUGAGCCAGCAUCCUCCUUGGUUCAAUAGUGGAGCAGUUCUCGUUCCAGAUUUUGCGUCAGUGCCGAAAACCAGUCAUUUUGUAUUCUUAUUGUUAGGAUUAAGCUGGUUAGUUAUUGCAGCUUCGGUAUUUCAAUUUCAGCGUCACGUUGAUACAGAAAUAAUUUUCGGUUCUGUUUUGUGAAGUCCGGAUACAUAGAUGUGUCCACAGGUCUUGAAAUUUUUGAUCGUAAGUGAUGGACGCUAAUUAACCAUUUGCGACAGCCCACUUUGCCUAACCAUUUCCGAAAGUUGUUUUUUACUGGUCAGUAGUCGCCAUUUUUCUUACCUUUGAUUGAACAGUGCCUUACACACUUGACCGCUUUUGAGUAAUGACCACCUACUAGAUGGGUAACAAGGUCUCGAAAUUUUCGGCCAUAAAUGAUGGGAGACUGUUUGGCUUAAGUGUGACAGCAAACAAGCAUUUCUGAGGUACUAUGUGGUUAGUAUUUGAAAGUAUUUAAACGGCUAAGUUGAGAGUGCCUUAGAAACUUGAAAAUAUUAGGUCAAGCACGCCUAUUGAAUUGGUCACCAGUUCUUGAAGUUCUUAACCAUGAAUGAUGCGAUUGUUAGCCAUAAGUGACAUGCCACUGUGUUUCGCACACCUUUGUUCCGUAUAUGUGUGGUUUGAGCUGGUCAAUAUUGGGCUAUCUUUCCUACCAAUACUUUGACAUUGCGUUACGAACUUGGACAAUACCUUGCGGCUCACGAUUUCGUAUCGCAAUACUAGGCUGCCACUUGUGAAUUUGAGUGGACAUAGCGUAACACUUGAGUAGUUUCUGAUAACGUCAGCACAUUGCAGAUUCUUAGGCUUUUUGCUUCGACUGUGCCGACAGCGUGUCGCUAUGCAUGCCAGGGCAGCAUGAAAUUCAAAGGCGAACUUUGUAAACGUCGCCCUCCAGUACACAAUGCAUUCGUCUGUGCGUUUAGGAACAGGACCAUAGCUCUUGAGAAAUGCACAACGUCGCAAGUAUGCGCACUCUUGUUUGUCGUCUGCUACUGCCAUGUAAACACUGCAGUUGCUAUAUUUAGCCGUCGUCUAGCCGUGUCAUCUGCUAUGUCGUCUGCUGUGUCGUCUGCUGUGGUCCGGCUGCUCUCUUUUUUUGCUCCAAAGGCGCGCAAGCACCCUGGAGAGGAAGCACAAGAAAGAAUGACGGACACUGGAGACGCCGAAUCUACGCAACUCCCGUUUUUUUUUUAUUGCCCCAGAGACAUUUCCAGGCCGAGGCGCUGCGCUACCUGCCUGGACGCUCUUUCCUACAAAAACAGAGAAACACGAGAGCAGGAACGAAACAACGCAAACAACGAGACGACCUCACGCGUCACGGAACAAAGUGUGUGUACAAGCUCCGAUGAGAGAGAGAGAGAGAGUGAGUGAGUGAAUACUGGCGGCAGACGUGCCCAGUUUUUUUUUUUUCUUUUCCGCACCGCCCUCUCUUCUCUCGCAAAGUCACGUAUAACCGCUUCUCAACAAGAACAGAGGCGCUCAAAGCGUGUGUUUCAUCUCAUCUCAAGUACGUUUUUCGUCAACAAGCAACAACAACCGUCUGCGAACACCUGAACACGCUAGAAGUAGAACUCUGCUUUUUUUUUCCUCUUUUAUCACUGACAUUCCAUCUUCCUUUUUUUUUUAUUCUCUCCUCCAACAACGAACAAGCCCGCCCCCUUUUGGUAAAAAAUAUAUUUAAAGAUAUAUAUGUAAAACACGUCGCUUUUCUUUUAAAUAUAUAUGUACAGCGCAGAGAAUUAUUCCUCCGGGGAGUCGGACGACAGAAAAAAAACAAAGUAAGACGCGUUCCCGCAGCCUCGGCUAAGGGAGCGGCUGCGCAUUUUUAUUAUUUGUUUAUUUAUUCAUUCAACGGCGAACACUCACAAGGAACGUUUCGAGUCGCGGUACAUGGUCGGGUUGCGGCUAAAGUGCGCAUGCGCGAGGUUUCGAGGCUGCAGACUGUAGCCACGGUGUGCCUGUCGAAAACUAACAACCGAAGCCAUAGCCAGAGAGUGACGCGUUCGACCAGGGCUAGGGCCGAGCACAAUUUGCUGAAGGAGAAAGGGAGGCCGAACUCCACGCCUAAUCACACGAACGCGCGUGUUCGAUUCGAACCUUCUACUUUGAAAGCCGCACGAACGGCAGUCAACUUUUGAGGCCGAGAAGAAGGAGAUCGUACAUAAACCUCAGAAUCGAAUGCCAUUCCGCCGAUUAAUUAGUACGGAGUCCGCCAUUUUUGCCAUUCACAGGCGAUCGAAGGCGAUGUUGCUCCCAAUUCUGGAUACAGUCAGAGGCUACGGCGAAUGGUGCGCAGAGCAGCGUUCGGAAGUUCAAAUGUGAACAUGCCCGAUUGACCGCCAUGAGACUGUGCCAGCUCCGGUGGUAUUAUGUUUCAACUGCGAGUGACCUCUGUCUCAAUGGCAGCCAAUUGUGCCUCAGAGGAAUCCGAGAGUGACGUCGCGUCUGCUUCAGACCGAGCAUGAGGCUACGGCUGUAGUUUUCGCAUUAGCUGAGCACUUUAUACCAAAGGGUAGUAAGCAAACCGCUUUAUUAGACUAUGCAAUCGCUUACUAGAAAGCACUGUUUACAGUGAAACCGUGACAUUUUACUUGUCUUUGCGCCUUCUUUGGACGUCAGAAUGCAACAAAUGAACGUUUUACGCGGACGGCGCUAGGGACCACUGCAUAAUCGCCAACAAAGGUAACAAAAAGUGAUUCGCGACAUUCAGGCUUGACUUGUCUCCAGCAAGCUGCGUCGUGCUUAAACGGUGAAGUGACUUCGAUUUUUAACAUUGUUUUGAUCCGGCUAGAUGUCUUUCCUCUACGCGAUUGUAGUUGCGUAAAGGUUUUGCAGCCGCUUAAAUUGCUUAAUAAAAAAAAAGGGGGGGUAUCUGAUGGUCAACUGUUGCUGUUGGCAUGCGAUUCGGUGACCAUCACAGAAAAACUUCGUAACAAUUGCAGAAACUAACGGUCUAUAAAUUAUUUGCCCCUCAGUAAUGCUCUGGUCGCAACAAACAAGGCUGCCAAAUGUGCGAACGAGGUCACAAAGCACGGGCGAUCCUUUUUCGAGUCACCGUCCAAGGUCAGGUUUACCAGGACGGCCAGCAGUAUUCCCUUGCACGUAAUUCCUCCUCGAACCAACCUUGGUUACCAGCGGCGACAUUUCUUUACAUUAGUUUUGCCUAGGUGGUCGAUCGUAAUCACCAGACGGGAGUAGCCUCGAGUAGCAACGUGCCGCCUGGCACAUAACGGCUGUGACGUCAUCACUCGGCGCCAGUGAUACAGCUUCGCUUUCAGCCGGCAGGUGGCGCGACGACUUGCAGUUCUACUGGGAGCCUCGCAACUCGUCUCCACGUCCAAGGACGGUAACUGUGUAGAUUGCAUCUUGCGAUAAUUUUUUUUUUGUUUUCGCCGUCCGGCGGUAGCGUCUGCGGCGCUGUUUUAUCUGCACGUGUAGGACGCGUCGUCUGCUUCGUGAGUUCGCGGUGGCAUCUGUGUGUGUGUAUGUUUGUGUGAGCCAUACUUUGCUAAAAAGCGAGGAACGGAAACAUUUCCUUUAACAAGGCUACAAAGCUCCGUGCGCCCAUUAAGGCAGUAUUGUCGACCGGGGGCGCACGUAACAAUUAACAAGUAGUGUGAGUAUCACAGCGCACGUUUUUUUUUUCUUUUGCGCAGUACAAGGUCUACGCUUCUCGGACAGCACAACAACGACGGUGCAUAUAUAUUUAUAUAUAUAUAUAUGUGUGUAUAUAUAUAUAGUACAUCUAUAUUUGUGUACACGCUAAUUGCUCUCACGAAACGCUCGCGUUCUCGGCAACAUCGAAGCACUCCACUCCGUAUCGGUCCGCUCCAUAUCGCGGAUCGAGCGGAGCGUAUACUAUGCAGCCACUUUGCGGCGACCACACGCGUUGCCUAUACGUACAGACGUUCACACUUUCCUGCAGAGCGCUCAAGGGACGCGUUACAGAACAACCAGAGCGCGAACUAACCAACACUGACUGGCUUCACGAACGCAGGCUGUAAAGACUAUGCAUAGCCUGCUUCUUUUUAUUAGGUUUAAAGAAAAAGAAAACCUACGCACAAGCAUUGUUUCUCGAGCUCAGUAGCUUCCCAGAAAUGCUUUUUUCUUAACACGUCGCUUGGGCACGGGUAGUGUGAACGUCUGUACCGAGGCCGACGCAAGCGCACCGAAUCGUCCAACAGCGACAGGACCAGCAAGAAAUCGUCUGCUGCUUACAGCUUGUCGAACAGAGAGGGCUCUAUAAUUAACGGGCGCGCACUCUAAACCAACGUGCCCUAAAGGCACGACACCCGCCACACAAGCAACCUAUAUUGCCAGGGAUGCCCUCAGCGAGGUUGACUCUGCCUUCUGCGGCGAGUCAUCCUCUUUCCUUAUUUUUUCUUUGUUGCUGGGACGUAAGAAUAUCAGAACACCCGUAGAGCUAUGCUCGAUGUGUCAAGUCAAGCCGAAAUGCAGCGAAUCUCUUGGCGCAAGCGCUGAACGUUGUCGUAGUCUGACGAAAAGAAGAAAAGGAAAGAGCUCUUAACUGGCUUCAACGUCACGUGGUUACAAGACUUGCGAGCUGCGACGUCAGAAAUGCGCGUUUCCUAGUAAGCAAAAAAAAAAAAAAAAAAAAUGCGAAUGCCCGACAGGCCUGGAAAGCGCUUAGCGUUUGUGGUAACUGCACCUUUGCGAGGAUGACAAAACGCUUGAUGACGACGAAAGUAAUAGCGGAUCUUUUACAAAAUGAAGCUUAUCUAUAGCUGCCUGAUUGACGGUACAAGGCUAUUUACCCAUUGCGAAAGAAAGGGCAGAAUUCAUAAGACAUAUGCGUCGAGAAAACUUGCUCAAAUAAUAACACUAUCACCAGGGUACUUCCUCUGGUUUGUCUAUUUGUACCACAAGAAUAAUAUAAAAAAGCUCACAUGAAGCUGUGGACGGGUACGAAAAUGCAUAUGCAGUGCAAAGCUGUAAAUUGUACAAAUGUUUAACUACGCAUCUGUUUAUAUUUCGCUGUUCGCUUUGCCAUUGUUGCUCCUUUUU